UGACAGCUCCCAGUGUUCGGUGCAGUUUUUUUCGUGACUCCCGUUUAGUUUGGUUAGGAUUGGCUGUCAGUGAACAGUCAGCGGUCGUGAGCUCAGGUCGCAGUGAACGAUCCUGUUUGUUUGAAAGAAAUGUACAGCCAACAGUUGCCCUGACAAAAGAUCCUUUUCGAAUGCAACAAUUGGCUCGCUGUUGACCACACACCUGAUAGUGCAGAAAAAGGAGAAGAAUGGUGUAAAGGAGUGAAGUGUCUUGAUUGCUACUGACACUGAAGUGACCAUUUACUGAGACUGCAGACAAUCUAACAGUUCUUAGUGCUACACUUAUCCAAAAUGCCUUUUUUUGGUAAACGUGAUAAAGAUAAGGAGUCCAGUAAGAAGAGCACCAAUCUCUUGAAAAAAGAUGAUAAAUCCUCGCCAUCCCUGGAAGAUAGAUAUGAAUUGAAAGACCUCCUUGGAACAGGUGCGUUCUCACAAGUUCGGCUGGCGGAAUCGAAAACGGAAGCUGGCAAACUGUAUGCCGUCAAAAUCAUCGACAAGACGGCGCUCAAAGGCAAAGAGGACUCGCUAGAGAACGAGAUCAAAGUUCUACGUAGGUUUUCCGACAGGCUCAAGCACCCCAAUAUCGUCCAGCUGCUGGAGACGUACGAGGACAAGAGCAAAGUCUACCUGGUCAUGGAAUUAGUGACAGGUGGUGAGUUGUUCGAUCGCAUCGUCGAGAAGGGAUCGUACACUGAAAAGGAUGCAGCUGAUCUGAUGCGACAAGUCUUGGAGGCCGUCGACUACAUGCACGAGCAAGGAGUCGUUCAUCGUGAUCUGAAGCCGGAGAAUCUGCUCUAUUACUGUCCAGACGAAGACAGCAAGAUAAUGAUCAGCGAUUUCGGCUUGUCCAAAAUGGAGGAUUCCGGUAUAAUGGCCACUGCGUGCGGGACUCCCGGUUAUGUCGCGCCGGAAGUAUUGGCGCAAAAGCCCUACGGCAAAGCCGUCGAUGUCUGGAGCAUCGGAGUCAUUUCCUACAUUCUGCUGUGCGGCUAUCCGCCGUUUUACGACGAGAGCGACGCCAAUCUCUUCGCACAAAUCCUCAAAGGUGAAUUCGAAUUCGACUCGCCGUAUUGGGACGAAAUCAGCGAUUCUGCCAAGGAUUUCAUCCGUCGGCUCAUGUGCGUCGACGUCAACAAGCGUUUCACCUGUCGCGAAGCCCUCCAACAUCCAUGGAUAUCUGGCAACGCUGCCAGCACCAAGAACAUCCAUAGUUCCGUCUCGGAGCAACUGAAGAAGAACUUUGCCAAAUCACGAUGGAGGCAAGCGUACAACGCGACGGCCGUCAUCCGCCAGAUGAGGCACUUGGUGUUGGCCAGCACGAGCCGGUCGACGUUGAGCAGCGGCGAAGACAACAAUUCUUCCAGCGAUCGCGAACUGGAUGAUCAACCGCCUCCGCCCAAGAGUGUCACCGCAGCAGCCAACGGGCGUCCAGCUCUCUAGCUAGAUCACGAGCCCCAAAAGAUCGAACCCAGAUAGCAAGAUAACAAUUUGAAGAAAAAAAAAAGAACGUUUAAAAGUGGAUCUAUUUCGAUUUUUUUCUCUCCCCCCCCCCUUUUUCACAGUACUUUGAUAAUCCAUUUCAUAGACAAGAAGAAGAAGAAGAAAACGAAAACGAAACACACAAAAAAUAGUAAUAAUACAUUUUUUCCAAAAAUAAUGGGCGAAAAUAGUGUUACCAUUCUUUGAUGAUAUUUGGGCUAAUUUCGGUUUGUGUGUGUUUAGUUUUCGGGUUUUCGUUUGUGUUGGGUUUCUGAUUUUUUCUUUUUCGCGCUUUCUUAAUUAUACAGAAAGCCAUUUGAUUUGAGGGUUUUGUGGUUUUCUCCAGGUUUUUUUUUUUUUGCUCCCUUAUUCGAUUUGUUUCUCUUGUCCCUAUUGUCUUCACUUUUUGAUCCUUUUGGUAUCGACGUGUUCCAAGUGUUGACUCGAUCAAAUUCAUUUCCUCCCUUACAUAUUUGAACAUUUUUGCUCUCUUUUCUUGCUCUCUAUCUUAUUUUUUGUGAAUGACUUCUUUACAUUGAUUCCAAUUUUUUUUUUGGAGGGGGGGGGGAAGGAUUGUGUUAACGGGUAUAUACAUAUAUAUUACAUAAUAUGCAUAGACUGUAAAAUGAGUCUGGGUGGAUCCCCCCCCCACUUUCGGAGCCGAGUGAAUGGCAACGUGUCGAGAAAAUAAUGUGCGAUAACCCGUUAAUCAAUUAGCCACACAUUGUCAAGUGCACUGUGAAAGGGAGAACAAACGGCGAUUGAAAAAAGGAAAAAAAAAUAUCCAUUUAUUUCUAAGGACAUUUGUUCGUUUCUCCAUCUUACAUCAAUAACGUCGGGAAAAAAAAAAUAGACGGCGGACAUUUGAAAAUAAACUUUAAGAAGACAUUUAA